AUGGUGUCGGUGGACAGUUGCAAUAGCUGCCAUACCUACAGCACAGAGAGUCUGGGACAAAGGCGCCAGAUGCAGCAGGUGAGCACAUUCUACAAAGCACCAGCAAGAACUGACAAGGAGCGGUCCGAGACUCCUAAGGAGCCCGAACAGCUGCGGAAGCUCUUCAUCGGAGGGCUGAGCUUUGAAACGACCGAUGAGAGUCUGAGGAGCCAUUUUGGGCCAUGGGGAACCCUCACAGACUGUGUGGUAAUGAGAGAUCCCAACACCAAGCGCUCCAGGGGCUUUGGGUUUGUAACUUAUGCCACUGUGGAGGAAGUAGAUGCAGCUAUGAAUGCAAGGCCACACAAAGUGGAUGGAAGAGUCGUGGAACCAAAAAGAGCCGUCUCAAGAGAAGAUUCUCAGAGACCAGGUGCCCACUUAACUGUGAAAAAGAUUUUUGUUGGUGGCAUUAAAGAAGACAGUGAAGAACACCAUUUACGAGAUUACUUUGAACAAUAUGGCAAAAUUGAAGUGAUUGAAAUCAUGACUGAUCGAGGCAGUGGAAAGAAAAGAGGCUUUGCUUUUGUAACUCUUGAUGACCAUGACUCUGUGGACAAGAUUGUCAUUCAGAAAUACCAUACAGUGAAUGGCCACAACUGUGAAGUAAGGAAAGCCCUAUCAAAGCAAGAGAUGACUAGUGCUUCUUCCAGCCAAAAAGGUUGAAGUGGUUCUGGAAACUUUGGUGGCAGUCGUGGAGGUGGUUUUGGUGGCAAUGACAAUUUUGGUCGUGGAGGAAACUUCAGUGGUCGAGGUGGCUUUGGUGGCAGCCGUGGUGGUGGAGGAUAUGGCGGUAGUGGGGAUGGCUACAAUGGAUUUGGUAAUGAUGGUAGCAAUUUUGGAGGUGGUGGAAGCUACAAUGAUUUUGGCAAUUACAACUAUCAGUCUUCAAAUUUUGGACCCAUGAAGGGAGGAAAUUUUGGGGGCAGAAGCUCUGGCCCCUAUGGUGGUGGAGGCCAAUACUUCGCCAAACCACGAAACCAAGGUGGCUAUGGUGGUUCCAGCAGCAGCAGUAGCUAUGCAGUGGAAGGAGGUUUUAAUUACUGCCAGGACACAAAGCUUAGCAGGAGAGGAGAGCCAGAGAAGUGACAGGGAAGCUACAGGUUACAACAGAUUUGUGAACUCAGCCAAGUACAGUGGUGGCAGGGCUAGCUGCUACAAAGAAGGCAUGUUUUAGACAAUACUCAUGUGUAUGGGCAAAAAACUCGAGGACUGUAUUUGUGACUAAUUGUAUAACAGGUUAUUUUAGUUUCUAUUCUGUGGAAAGUGUAAAGCAUUCCAACAAAAGGGUUUUAAUGUAGACUUUUUUUUCUUUUUUUUUUUCACCCAUGCUGUUGAUUGCUAAAUGUAAUAGUCUGAUCAUGACGCUGAAUAAAUGUGUCUUUUUUUAAAAAAAA